AUGAAUCCCAUUUUUGCCGGUCUUAUUACACCCCCUGAAUCUCCGAUUCGAUACGUCCAGAGGGACUCUCUUGAUGCUACGGCAGCUCAAUCACCAGCGCUCUCGACUUUGGAGGCAAAUCCAGCUCUCAACCCUACGAAUUAUGUCCCAAAGGCUAUGGAAGCUUUGUCCGCCGCUAUCAGAAAUGCGAGCGCUGAGCAAGAUUCCAACGUUCUUGAAGCAGUCUCGACACCUGUGACUCCUAUCGACUUCAACAACGCCAGCGAGAUCAUUCAUUCCAUCAUUGAACAAGCAGUGGAGGAGAAGAUGGCCAGCGCAAUGGGCCCUCUGCGAUUGAACAUCAACAGGCUUGAUGACUCUCUUGAAUCUAUUCGUCACCAGGAAAAUGCUCUCAAUGAUUUGCAAUUACAUCUGCGCCGCGAGCACACCGAUAUACGGGAUCAAAACGACACAAUGAGCCGACAGCUUGAUCUUCACUACCGCACCGUUGAACAACACGUCGAGGAAUUCAGAUCCCAAUCCAAGACCAUGAACACGAUGAUUGGGGCUCAGGCCGACAAUAUUGCCACCACCAUUAACAUGGUCAACCACCUCUCCCAAGUUGUCACCAAUCUGCCUCUUGCUAUCAACCAAGUUGUCCACAAUGCUGUUCAACAACAGACUCAGCUAGCUAUUCGAGACAUCAUGUUUGCUCAACAACAAGCCAUGUUUUCCGUCUCAGACGUCUCUAGGAAUAGACAGUCAGUGUCCAGCGAUGGCAACUCCAGCCAAUGCACUUGCAACCACCACUGCUUAGAGAUUGAGUCUAUGGCAUCAACGCAACAUGGCAGUGGCUCUCUCAAGCAUACCUCUCCCAUUGCUUCCUCCAAGUCAAGUAGCAGCUUCAGAUAUGCAUUGAAGAGGUUAUUCCGGUCUAGCAAGUAA